AUGAAGCGAAGUAACAUCAUCACCAUUGCGCUGAGCAGCCUGCCCCCUCCCCGCCUCCUCCCUCCUGCUAUCCACAGCAUGGACAACAGUGUGCUGGACAGAGAGGAUAUUCAGCGGCUUCAAACAUUAAUCCCAACAGAGGAAGAACUGUGUCUGAUCAAGGAGGCCAAGACCCAGAAGCCCCAUUGUCCUCUAGACCAGGCUGAGCUCUGCCUGCUCACCUUAGGAGAAAUCCCUCACCUGGUCUUCAGGCUUCAGCUGUGGGCUUUCGCUCUGGACUAUGACUCCUUAGAGCGGGCCCGUGGCUUUGAGCUGAGUUACCUGGGCAAGCUGUCCCAGGUGAGGGAUACACGAUCCCGUCAGCCCCUGCUGCACCACAUCUGUGCGCUCCUGCUGCAGCUCUACCCACAAUCCUCUGACCUCUACUCUGAUAUCACUGCUGUUACUAAAGCUGGCAAGUGUGACUACUCCCUAGUCCAGUCCAACCACACUCAGCUGGAGGCCCUGUGCAAAGCAUUAUGGGAGCAGCUGAAAAUACUGGAGAAUGCUGAGGAAAAGUGGAAAGGAGGAAAGGGGGAGAAGAAGAGAUUAGGAGGAGGAGAUGGAGAUGAGGCCUUAGCCCAAGAAGGCUCUCUUCGUCACAGGCUGCCAAAGAUUUUGAAAGAGUGCGAGGAGAGGCUGAAGGUCCUCAGAGCUGUCCAUCGUCGGGUUUUGAACAGGUUCCACUUCUUCCUCUUAUUUCUAGGCUACUUCCGAGCUAUGGUGAGAGACACCAAAGCAGAGGACUUCUGUAAAACCAUCAGUAACUUUUCUCUAGAGUACCGGACCACACGGCAAGCCAUCCUGCUUCAAAGAGAGCGGGAACGACAGCGAAGUGGAGCACAAAGCCCAGGCCCCAACACUCUUGUAGGCAGGAGGAAGCAUCAGCAAACUCAGGUGAGUGAAAAAAGUGAGGAGCACUGUAAGAUGGAGGAGGUGCUGAGAACACCUGAGCCCAUCCGGAGGCUGGACACCAAACCGCAGGCUGACAUCCCAGGUCCUUUCUCACAAAAAUUGAAGUGGACUGCUGAUAUUCUAUGUUUCUUUAAAAGAGAAAAUUCUACAAUCGGAUACAUGAUGUUGUACGGAGACAAGUCCAAAAAGGAGUUUAAUUAA